UGAUAGGAUCAUAAACGAUCUUGUGACUUUCUGUACAUUGCUUCAGGGUCUAUUUUCCGAAGCUUCCUGAAUACCUGGAUUCACACUUCGGCCAGCAGAAGUGGCAAUCGGCCUAGUCUGAUACAUUAAAGAUGAAGGAAGAAGAGGUAGCCGGCUUGCGUGUUGCAGACUUGAGGGAUGAGUUGAAAAGCCGAGGGCUUGCAGUCACCGGCCUCAAAGCAGCUUUGGCAGAGCGACUGUUAGGUGCAAUCAGACAAGAGAAUGCCGAAGCAGCUGAGCCAGAGGCUAAGGAUGCACCACAGGAAGAGCAGCCCAAGGCUGUCGAGGAGGAGAAGGAGCUGGCAAAGGAGGAUACUUUGGGUCAGGCACCAGGGUCUGCGGCUAAGAAUGAGCCGUCAGCAGCUCCUGAGAGCAACAAGGCAGCUGACGAGAUUGCAGAGCCAAAGGAAGCUGCCAGCAUAGUGGCAGCCGAUGAGACUGCAGAGGCAAAGGAGGAGCCCGACAUGAAAGAGGCUCCCAAGGACGUGCCAAACAAGGAGGUCAGCCAGGAGCCAGAUCAGGAUGCACCCGAUGCCAAAGCUGCAGAUGAAGCAACCGCAGAGGAGUUUGCAGUGCCGACAUCUGAUGCUGCAAAAGAUGCGGAUGAGGGCGCAGCAGCAGAAGAGGAGAAGCCAGCCGACAGAGGAGAUGACCUGCAGGAAGGCUCCGCCAGUCCGCAGCCGCGGCAUCGGGAGUUGGCAGCGGAGAGGGCGGAGGCGCCCGCGCCAGUGCCGGUGCAGGAUGCUGCAGAGGAGGAAGUGGACUAUGAGGCGGACGAGGUGAUUGAUGAGGUGCCCACUGCACCAGAGGAGCCCGCCCCUCACGAGGCACGGCGGCCCCGAGCUCAGUCCGAGGCCAAGUCUGCAGCCGAGGGAAAGUCAGCUGCAGGGAAAGCCAGCGAAGCUGGCGGGAAGAAGGGCACAGAAUCCACUGGGCCAGGAGACAAAGCAGCUGACAAGGAUGAUGCUGUCACAAAAGAUGGCAAGCGCAAGCGGGCGCCCAUUCCUAUCUUUGUACCCCGCGAGAAGAGGGCGGCUGCAGAGGCAAACGGCGACAAAACCAAAGGGAGUGAUGCGGCCGACGCUCCCGAACGCGCAGCCAAGCUCGCUCGCACAGACAGCAACGACAAGCGCUCCGUCUUUGAGCGGCUCAAGAGUGGCUCUGGCAAGGAGGAGCAGGCAGACCAAGGGGCAGAUGUGCCUCCCAAGAGGGCGCCGUCAUCAAGGGAGGCAGCCUCGUGCGCACUCCUCAUCACUGGCUUCAUUCGGCCCUUCACUGAGAAGCAGGCCCAGCAGAAGCUUUCUGAGACCGGUGAGAUCACAGGCUUCUGGAUGACGAAGAUCAAAGACAGGGCAUAUGUCAUCUAUGCCACUGAGGAACAGGCAGAAGCCACACGGCAAGCCGUCACAGGCAUCGAGUGGCCUCUUGGAAAUGGCAACUCUCUCCGUCCAAAGUUCGUGCCUGUGGAGGAUGCAGAGGAGAGCAUAAAGACAGGGGUGCCUCAGGAGACGCGCCGGCCAGCGGCGGCGGCGGCAGCCGGGAAGCCUUCUGGCGCGUCGGCUCAGGUGGCCGCUGCCGCAGCCGCGGCGGCCGAGCCCAACAACCGGGCGGCCGCUGCCAAGCCUGCCGAUAGCAUCACCAAAACUAAGAGGCUGAUGGUUGCGGUGUGGGUGCAGUCUCUUGACGCGCGUGCAAUCCUGGAGGAGCGGAGAAGAGCGCGCGGGGGAAAGAGCGAGCGAGCACCAGAAGUUGCUGCUGACGCGGCUGAUCCAGAGCCCAUGGAUGAGGACGAGCCAAAGUCACUCGAGGACCUGUUCCGCAAGACGACCACACGGCCCUGGCUGUACUGGGUGCCCCUCACAGAUGAUCAGGUGGCAGAGAAGGCCAAGAAGGACGCAGCCGCCCUCCCCGGGCCGCCGCCCACAAAGAAGUGA